UCGGCCCCCUGCCCGGCCAGCAUGAGCUACUCCUCGAGCCUGCGGGCCAGCUCCACGUCCUCCACCUCGUACCGCCGCACCUUCGGGGCGCCGCCCUCCCCGUCCCCGGGCUCCUUCUCCUACUGGUCGGGCUCCCGCCUCCCGGGCCGCCCGCUGAGCUCCCCGGCCCCGGGCUGGGCGGGCCGGGCGGGCGGGCCGCGGGCCCCGCGGGCCGGGCCCGCCUCGCUGCGCCUGCCCUCGGAGCGGCUGGACUUCUCGGUGGCCGAGGCCCUCAACCAGGAGUUCCUGGCCACGCGCAGCAACGAGAAGCAGGAGCUGCAGGAGCUCAACGACCGGUUCGCCAGCUUCAUCGAGAAGGUGCGCUUCUUGGAGCAGCAGAACGCCGCCCUGCGCGGGGAGCUGAGCCAGGCGCGGGGCCAGGAGCCCGCCCCGGCCGACCGACUCUGCCGCCAGGAGCUGCGGGACCUCCGGAGGCAGCUCGAGGCUCUGGGCCGCGACCGCGACCGCGUGCAGCUGGAGCGGGACGGCCUGGCCGAGGACCUGGCCGCCCUCAAGCAGAGGAUGGAGGAGGAGGUCCACAAACGCGAAGAUGCCGAGAGUAACCUGGUGCUGUUCCGCAAGGAUGUGGAUGAUGCGACGCUGUCCCGCCUGGAACUGGAACGCAAGAUCGAAUCUCUGUUGGACGAGAUCGAGUUCCUCAAGAAACUUCAUGAGGAGGAGCUGCGAGACCUGCAGAUGAGCCUGGAGAACCAGCAGGUGCAGGUGGAGGUGGAGGCCACGGUGAAGCCGGAGCUGACGGCGGCCCUGAGGGACAUCCGCACGCAGUACGAGUCCAUUGCCGUCAAGAACCUGCAGGAAGCCGAGGAUUGGUACAAGUCCAAGUAUGCUGACCUGUCGGAUGUGGCCAAUCGGAACCACGAGGCUCUUCGCCAGGCCAAGCAGGAGAUGAACGAAUCCCGGCGGCAGGUCCAGAGCCUGACCUGUGAGGUGGACGGGCUGCGUGGGACCAAUGAGGCCCUGCUGCGGCAGCUGCGGGAGCUGGAGGAGCAGUUUGCCGUGGAGGCGGGGGGCUACCAGGCCGGGGCGGCUCGGCUGGAGGACGAACUGAGGCAGCUCAAAGAGGAGAUGGCCCGGCACCUGCGCGAGUACCAGGAGCUGCUCAACGUCAAGAUGGCGCUGGACAUUGAAAUCGCCACCUACCGCAAGCUGCUGGAGGGGGAGGAGAGCAGGAUCUCUGUGCCGGUGCACUCCUUUGCCUCCUUCAGCAUGAAGACUUCUGUGUCUGAGGCUGAGCCCUCUCCGGACAUUCACAGCCACAAGAUGGUCCUGAUCAAAACCAUCGAGACGCGGAAUGGGGAGCAGGUGGUGACGGAGUCCCACAAGGAGCAGAGGAGUGAACUGGACAAAGCUUCGCCCCAGAGCUACUGAAGUAGCCUCCCAAGAAGUCCCCACGGUCGCCUUGACAACCUGGCCCUUUGUAGCCAGGGCCAGUCUACACUUAACCUUAAAGAGGCCCGGCUCUGGGGUGCCCCUUCCCCAUUAUGGUGCUGCGGGCACGAUUUCCGCCCUCCUCCCCUGCUGCUGUUCGUCCUGAGGAUUUCCCUGAACUUCCUGAAGGUCCUCCCCAACCCCGAGACCCCCCUGCCCCUUCCCUCUCUCCCUCCCCACCCAAGGAUGUAAUCUGCUUGAACCACAAA